CGGUAACGAGUGCAAUAACAGUUCGUUUUGAAAAAGUAAUAUCAGACAUUUCUAAAGCUUUAUCUGUGCUGAAAAUAUUUUCGAUGUGGAAUAAUCUAGCUAAUUUACUCAGGCGUUUACUUGUGCUACCGAAGGGGUCUUUUCCAAAAGUAUUUAGCAGACAAAAAAAACUCAGAAUGUUACGGUUGAACCAACUUGUUCGCACAAUGUUCCAUGCGUACAGUAAAUUGACACAAGUUUACAUUUCGUCAAGAAGACGAUAAACAUUAGAAGCUGUUGCAGUGGUGCUGGUUUCGUUCAAGCAACCAACAAAGGGCAAGUCAAGUUGAAUCUGAUUCUUUCUCAAAUUCACUCAAGACUCAUGUCAUGCGGGUUAUGUAAACCAAGAUGGCAUUGUCAGGAGCAGGACUCUGGCUAUGCAGACUAGAAAAGCCUAAUAAUGGUCAUCAAACUCAUUAUCCCUUUUGAUUGAGAAAAAAGUAAUGCAUGUAUUACAUAUUAAUGUAUAGAUUAUAUGAGUUUUUUUCUCUCUAACAUAUUAAAGCUAGAAAGUUAUUGGAGGUAAUUUAAUCCUUUGUGUCAAUAUGGUCAAACUCUGUCAGACAAUAAUAACAACAUAAUAUUUAAAUAAUCUACAAUCUUCUCUCUUUUCCAGCAGUGAUGUCGUCCUCCAGCGAAACAUGUCCGUUCUGUGGGAAAAACUUCAAGAGACUGAACAGCCACCUUCCCAGAUGCAAGAUGGCUCCGGUCGCCACGACAACACAAAGCUCCCAGACUCCUCCUGGCCCACCUGACCUCAUCACAGACAAGAACAGCAAGAAGACAUCGUUAUCAUUGUCUUCUUCAUCACCAUCAACAACUUCUACUAAGAGUAAGAAGACAUCAUCUUUGUCUCCAUCCCCAGCGUUAUCACCAUUGGCAAUUACAACCAAGAGUAAGAAAACAUCAUCAUCAUUGACAACUACUAAAAACAGUAAGAAAGCACCGUCACCUUCCUCCUCCUCGUCAUCAACGACUUCAAAGAAACGGCAGAAGCUCCUUGAUGAGACUUUGGUUCUCUCCAAGGACAGUCUGGCAAAAGAUCCAGCCAAGACCCACACAAAACCCAAAGCGAUAGCCAAACUCAAAGCAGCCCCAGUCCCUGCUACAGCCCCAUUGAGCACUAAAGCCAAAGCUGCCUCUAAGAAGAAGGUUUCACUGAGAGAGCAGAUUGAACUAUCCACUCAGACAGCCGCCAUAGCUGCUGCCACACUAUCCCAGGAAUCUUUAUCAGGGGCACAGAGUGAAGCAAGACCCUUCUGGAAGGUGGAGGUGGGGAGCAGUAGAGAGGAGGUGGAAGGAGAAGAGAAGCUGCAGUGUUCAGGGAGUGGUCAGCCCAGACCCAGCAUCCAGGACCACACCACCCUCAAACCUGACUGGCUGUACAGCAAGACAACCGCACUGGACCAUAAUCCAACCAUAACCGCUGACCUCAAUAAAGACAGUCUACGCAGCAAGACAAGCAACAGGGGACUACUCACGGUCAACCAUGUUUCAUCAGUGCUGGACCGUGUUCAGACCACAACUGCUGAUCGUAACAAAGACUAUCUGUGUAACAAGACCAGAAGACUGCUCACGGUUGACCUCGGUCAAACCUCCGCGAGAACGGAGUCAGCAACUGCCAAUCAGAGCGUGACAAGGGAGAAAGCGCCAUUCGACACCAUGAAGUAUGGCACUGAGCAGAGGAUAAUGGGUCUGUAGUGUUUCUCUGGUCCUACUGUAUUAUGGCUGGCUAGCCCGUUAACCAUUGGCAUCUCUACUCCAUGUAGAUGAGGCCAUCACUAACUAACUGGUUAACCAUUGGCAUCUCUACUCCAUGUAGAUGAUGAGACCAUCACUAACUGACUGGCAUGUUGUGUUGUAGGUACGCUGUCUCUAGGGGAGGUGAGGCUGAAGGAACUGCCUGGCUGGAUCGCUACCAGAGCUCCCCGCAACCCCAGAAAUGGAGUGCAAGCCCUGAACAGUGGUAGGAGGACACCUUACACCAGGGAUCAUCAACUAGAUUCAGCCGCAGGAGGAUUUUUGUUUCUUGAGCGGAUGGUCAGGGGGCCGCAAGAACCCCAGAUAUAUUUGACUAAAACAUAAUCAUUUCAAACCUUCUUACAUCUGUAUACGAUCACAUACACUGAGUAUACAAAACAUUAAGAAGUUACCGGCUACUGAGUUGAGGUGAAAAUGGUGGAAACAACUUUUAAUGUACACUGAGUGUACAAAACAUUAGGAACACCUGCGCUUUCCAUGACAGACUGACCAGAUGAAUCUAGGUGAAAUCUAUUAACCCUUAUUGAUGUCACCUGUUAAAUCCACUUCAGUCAUCAGUGUAGAUGAAGGGGAGGAGACGAGUUAAAGAAGGAUUUUUAAGCCUUGAGACAAUUGAGACAUGGAUUGUGUAUGUGUGCCAUUGAGGGCGAGUGGGCAAGACAAAAUGUAAGCACCUUUGAACGGGGUAUCCCAUUAUAUCUUUUUUAGGUCCAACUCUCAUCUACCAUCUCUCUCUCUUUCUUUCUGUCUCUUUCUCUAGGAUGGCAGUGGUACUACAGGAGGUAUAUAGAUGUGAGGAAAGGUGGAGUGGGAGGAGUGGCCAUGCUGCUAGCAGGAUACUGCAUCCUGGGCUACACCUGGCACUACCCACACAUCAGUAAGUGUGUGUGUGUCACUUUCUUCAGAAAAUAUUGACUGACUUUCUUUAUCUUUCUAUGCUUACUGACUUUAUUGUGUGUUUUUCCCUCAAUAGAGCAUGACCGCUGGAGGAAGUACCACUGAGCCCCAGCAGUAGGGGUCAAACUAAGGCGAAACCUCUCACUCUGGGAGCGCGCCCCUAGUGGUGUGGUGGAGAAACCCUUUCCAACAGGAGACAUAUUUGACGAGCUGCAGCUAUGGUGAAAAACGCUUUGGCUCUAUACAUAUAUUCUUCUGUGUGAAAGGAGAUGAGAUGUAUACAGAAGCAACACUGAGGUGCUGAGGGAAAUGGUCUCAUUUCAGUUUGAAGUUUUAAUAUCUUGUAGACCUUGUGUACAACUCUUUAUUUAUCGAAAGUAUUUAUGUUGCAUUUUCUGUUGUUUCGUUAACUGUUUAUGAAAGGGAAGGAUACCUCAAGGUUACAGCACUUUUUCUAGGACAAGUUAAAAUGAAUUGUGUGUUCUCUCUAAACUAGUGAGAACAGCACCAAAGCUAAACCAGCACUCCUUAAGGACUCCCAGCCGGUCCAGCAAGUGUCACUGUUGGACUGUUUUUGUUUAAACUGACAAUGCGUUAAUGUGUGUAGCAAUGACUCAAAUGAUUGAAUGUAAAAUCCUGACCAGCCAUGAGACAAACUUGCCCCAAGUAUUAUUAUAACAAGUAUUACGGUGUGUGUGCAUGCAGUAUUUAACGGACUGUGAAUGUUUUACCAAUACUAAAUGUUUUGGAGAAAGGUUAAGUUUCAAAUGAAUCAAGCUGUGCCUGUUUAUGAUUGUAUUCCAAAUGAAUUUAUUAUUGACUUUUCUCUUUCUGUUGUAGUGAACACACAAACUAAAACUGAACUGACAGUAUUUUUGUAACGAUUUCUUUUGGAACACUUCAUUGCCAACAGAAUACAAAAAAACAACUUAAUUCUCAUGUUUUACAUUCUUUUUUUUCCUUUACAAAAAAGUAUCAAUAUU